AUGCGGGAAUGUCAUGCUUCGGAACGUGCGCAGGUGGAGCGUCAUCUCCAAUUAUUCUGCCAGAUUCUACCGCUCCAUCCCGUGUCGCGACCACUAUGGAACCAACACAACCGCUCCUUCCUCAAAUCAAAGCUGCUUAGAUCUUCUGAUCCAGAGGAGUUCCCAGACAAGGGCUUAUUCCGUUACUCUACCGGCUCAGUCACAAACAGCAUGGACCAGAACCCAGUCCAAGGCGACCUUAACUGGCGCCUAAGUGCGCAUCCGAUCACGCUACUUGUCUUCUUGGGCAUUCGUAUCGGUGCCCUUUUGAUGUACCUCUUUGGUGUUCUCUUUAUCAAAGACUUUGUCCUCGUGUUUAUCCUUACUCUUCUCCUCCUCUCUGCGGACUUCUACUACCUCAAAAACAUUGCCGGGCGUCGCUUGGUAGGCCUGCGUUGGUGGAACGAGGUCGACACCUCUACCGGGGACUCGCAGUGGGUCUUCGAAUCCUCCGACCCCAAUGUGCGCACCGUGACAGCCACCGAUAAGCGGUUCUUCUGGUUGAGUUUGUAUAUUACACCGGCCUUGUGGGUAGGUUUGGCUAUUCUGGCCAUUAUCAAGCUAUCAAGUGUGAUCUGGCUGAGUCUGAUUGUUAUCGCUCUCAUUCUGACCAUCACAAACACCAUGGCUUUCUCCCGCUGUGAUAAGUUUGGACAGGCCUCUACAUACGCCAGUUCAGCUUUGGGUGGUGGUAUCGUCAACAACCUUGCCGGUGGUCUGCUGGGCAGACUUUUCCGGUAA